AUUGGUCAUUGGCUGUUGACGUAAGGCUCCGGACAGACGCGUCGCGUCGCGUGCGUCCCGUACACCAGUCAGGUUGGUUCGCGUCCAGUCAGACGUGUCAGUGAAGGCAGCCGCGGAAGUAUCGGCUUUCAGUUCAACAUGGCUUCAAGUGCGACGAGCUGAGAAAAACCAGGGCUAUUUUCUAUUUCACCACUCCCGAGCCGUCAAACGAGGAACAAGACUUGGGAAAUAUAUUCAAGAGCUGCUUUUAAUCAAGUCAUGGUGAGAAGACGCUGACCGGAUCGCUCAGGUUUACACAGUGUGGGCUUUGGCCGUCAUGAACAAGACUGCAGUCUAAUGCCAUCGCUCUCCAUUCCGCCUGCCAUGGACGGGCACAUCUUUUCACAUUCGGACGGACCUCAGCUGGAUGCCGGGGGGUUCAUCCUUGCACCCCCUAUGAGCCAUGUGUUUGCCAACAACCCUUGGAGCUUCCCCCAUCAGACCUACAGCUUGCCCUGUCCCAUGCAAUCUGAAAACCAGCAGCAGCUUCUCGGCGGCCCGUCGGACAUGCACACGGAUUUGCUUCCCAGCGGCCUCAGCGACUUUGACUUCCCGAGUCUGAAUCUCAGUCAGAAUGAAGACCUUCCUCUGGACCUCCAUUGUCUGGAUGAUCUGCCGAUCUUCUCCCCUCCAACCGACUCCUUAACCGAAUAUACCGUUAAUAACUUAAUCAAUACUGACAUGCCUCCCAACGUGCCCACGAUAUGGGACAUCAAAACACCAGCAUCAGUCCAAGAGUUGAAUUCAAACAGGUUUCAAGGUUUAAACUCAUUAGAUGACAUCACUGCUAUCAUUAAUACACCACCCAUAGGAGGUUAUCAGACCCCAUCACAGCCAGAAGAGGAAGAGGAAGUCGAGGUGGAGGAGGCAGAAGAGCUGGGUCAUGUUGACACCUAUGCAGACUACAGGCCCUCUAAAUCCAAGAUAGGAAAAUCCCAUCCAGACCGAGUGGUGGAGACCAACACUUUGUCCAGCGUACCUCCUCCAGAUAUCACCUACACUCUGUCCAUCCCAGAGAUCACCAUAAACAGCGGCCAGCUCUCUGCCUUGCAGCUGGAGGCCAUUAUCUACGCCUGCCAGCAACAUGAAGUGAUUCUGCAGAACAACCAGCGGGCCGGCUUCCUCAUAGGGGACGGCGCCGGAGUGGGUAAAGGCCGCACAGUGGCUGGCAUCAUUCUAGAAAACUACUUAAAGGGAAGGAAGAAAGCACUAUGGUUCAGUGUCUCCAAUGACCUGAAAUAUGACGCAGAGAGAGAUCUCCAAGACAUCGGUGCACCCAAUAUACAAGUGCAUGCCUUGAAUAAGAUAAAGUACGGAGACACAGCUACCUCAGAAGGGGUCCUGUUUGCGACCUACUCUGCACUAAUCGGGGAGAGUCAGGCGGGCGGCCAACUCCGAACACGCCUGAAGCAGAUCUUAGACUGGUGUGAGCCAGGUUUUGAUGGAGUUAUUAUAUUUGACGAAUGCCACAAAGCCAAAAAUGCAACAUCCACAAAGAUGGGCAAGGCCGUGCUGGAUCUGCAGAACAAGUUGCCGUCAGCCAGAGUGGUAUACGCCAGUGCCACAGGUGCCUCGGAGCCAAAGAACAUGAUCUACAUGAGCCGUCUUGGGAUCUGGGGAGAGGGAACGCCCUUCAGAACCUUUGACGACUUCCUCCACGCCAUUGAGAAGAGGGGUGUGGGAGCCAUGGAAAUUGUCGCAAUGGAUAUGAAGGUCAGCGGCAUGUACAUCGCACGCCAACUCAGCUUCUCAGGAGUCUCAUUCCGCAUAGAAGAGAUCAACUUGGAUGAUGAUUUCAAACUUGUGUACAACAAAGCUGCUAAACUUUGGGCGGAAGCUUUGGCCGAGUUCAUGCAGGCCGCUGACGAGCUCUGCAUGAGUUCUAGGAAGUCUCUGUGGGGUCAGUUUUGGUCAUCCCACCAGCGUUUUUUUAAAUACCUCUGCAUCGCCGCCAAGGUUCGCUGCUUGGUGGAACUGGCCAAAAAGGAGUUGGAAGCUGGAAAGUGUGUCGUGAUAGGGCUACAGUCAACAGGUGAGGCUCGAACCAGAGAAGUCCUUGACGAAAACGACGGACACUUGGACAGAUUUGUCUCUGCUGCCGAGGGUGUGUUUCAGUCGCUGGUCCUCAAACACUUUCCAUCAGAGAAGCAGAGGAGAGAAAAAGGAGCGGGGAACAAGAGGAAACGUAAGCCACGGGGACGGCAGUCAAAGCAACCCCGACACGGCACUGAUGUAGCGGGAGUGAUCAACAUCAGCGACGACAGCAGCACAGAGUCUGACGUCUUGGAUAGUGACUCCAACUCCUCGCCAGACUCAGUCCAAGACAACAACGACGAUGUCAUCUUCGUCGAUCAAACCAGCUACCAAAUGGCUCGGUUAGAGGAGAAGAAACAAGGGCUUCUCAACAAGAUCGCUGAGCUGGGAAAAGAACUACCUCUUAACACACUGGAUGAGCUCAUUGAUAAAUUUGGAGGUCCAGAACAAGUAUCAGAGAUGACGGGACGCAAAGGCCGAGUGGUGCGUCGACCUGACGGCAGCGUCCGUUACGAAUCCCGCGCUGAGCAGGGCCACACUAUCGACCAAAUCAACAUCAAAGAGAAAGAUCGCUUCAUGAAUGGAGAGAAGUUUGUAGCCAUCAUAUCAGAAGCGGCCAGUUCUGGGAUCUCACUUCAGGCUGACAGAAGGGUGAAGAAUCAGCGUCGGAGGGUUCACAUGACCCUGGAGCUGCCUUGGAGUGCAGACAGGGCCAUCCAGCAGUUUGGUCGCACUCAUCGUUCCAAUCAGGUCACAGCACCAGAGUACAUCUUCCUGAUCUCCGAACUGGCAGGCGAGCGACGAUUUGCAUCCAUCGUGGCAAAGAGGCUGGAGAGUCUGGGAGCUCUGACUCAUGGUGACAGGAGGGCCACAGAGUCUAGAGACCUUAGCAAAUAUAACUUUGAAAAUAAAUAUGGCACCAAAGCUCUAGAUAAGAUUACCAAAGCCAUCCUUGGUCAGAUCGAGAGCAAGGUACCCCCUCCAAAGGAUUAUCCUGGUGGUGAUGCCAUGUUCUUCAGAGACAUGAAGCACGGAAUGAUGGACGUAGGCAUGCUAUGCAGUCAAUCACGCUUGGGCAUCAACACUGAAAAAGACUGCAAUAUCACCAAGUUCCUCAACCGGAUACUGGGCCUGGAGGUACACAAACAGAACUCCCUCUUCCAGUACUUUACAGACAAUUUCGACUACUUGAUCGAAAAGGACAAGAAAGAGGGCAAAUAUGAUAUGGGAAUACUGGAUCUGGCACCAGGCAAUGAUCAGAUUUAUGAAGAAACACAGGAGAAGUUUCUAACGGCGGGAAAUCCUCAAGAUGGUCAAGUUAUCCUGUACAAGAUAAGUGUAGAUAGAGGUAUGCCAUGGUUGGAGGCUCUCCAGAAGGCCCAAACUCUCAGCAACCUGGAUGAAGGCUUCUAUUUAUCCCAUAAAUUGAGAGGUAACUAUCCAUGCGUGCUGCUAGCCGUGCAAGGCCAGGAGCACAACAUGAUCAUCUACAAACCAAACAUCGGCAAGCAGGCCCAAACUGAAAGCCUUGGGAAUCUCCAACAAAAAUACCGCAAGGUCACUCCGGAGGAGGCACAGGAUAGUUGGGAAAACCAGUUCACUUUCUCCUUCAGGAAAUGUAGCCAUGCUAACUGGAACGGGAGGUGCAAAAAGGUAGAGGAGGGCCAGGAGUGUUUAAUGGGCACUCGAUUGCGUCAGUAUCACAUGUUGUGUGGCGCUCUGCUCCGCGUUUGGAAGCGCGUGUCUGAUGUGGUAGCUGACAUAACCAGCUCCAGCAUUCUCCAAAUUGUCCGCCUCAAGACCAAGGACAGCAGCAAACAAGUUGGUAUUAAGAUCCCAGAGAACUGCGUGUCAAAGGUGCGUCAGGAGUUGGCGAAGAUGGAUGCAGAGGUAAAGCAGCGACGUCGAGAGAAGGAGCAGCAAGCUCAGGAGCAGCGUCAGGCCGAGGAGCAACAGAGGCUGCUGGCACAGCGUCAGCUUCAAGAAUUUUUCACCCCGAAUUUGUUCACCUCUUUGGCACCUCCCAACCUGGUCAGCUUACCCAGCCCAUACAUUUCCUUCCCCUCAUUCCCUUCCAUUAAAACGCCUUUGGAAGAAAUCCUGGACUUGACGGUUCCCAAUUCCUCAUCCUCCUCCCAAGUUUGCACUCAAGCUGACCUGGGUGUGGACAACCUCUCCAGGCAACCCGACCCUACGGUGGACGACUUCAACCUUGAAGAGUUCAUUCAAGAGCAGCCGCAGCAGGAGAGCCAGGCCAUACAGGAAAGGAAUUCAGCACGGGACAGUGACCUGUUAGACAUGUUAAUGUCCUUGAACUCAUUUAUAACACCCCCUAGUCAGAUUGCCUCUUCCUCCUCAGACGCACCUUCGUCGGUACCCAUGGUCUUUUCAAAUUCCUUCUCUUCUUCCUUGUCCAACUUCACUCCCUCGCUCACACCAUCUUCCUCGCCGCACGUCUCUCUCCCCUCUACGGACCAGCAGAUGCUCCCAUUACCCAACAGCCACUGCAGCUCUGAAGCCAUCAUAAACGUACGAGAGGUGUUGAACAGCAUGCUGCGAGGUGGAACAGAAGCACGCCACUCCGUCAUUAAGUACCAACAACCCGAGUGAGACCUUUCCAGUCACGCACAGUCUCCUGUAAACGCGCACACACUCAGGGCUGUAGUCUGACCACUGCCAGCGUCCUGCUCCGCCAUUGGCCUCGGUUCUGCUUCACAAGAUGGGAGGAAAUUUGGUGUUCGCUCUGUUCUUGAGUCGAGUAUGAUCCCUGCACAGUUUGUCUCUGGAACUUCAGGAUAGUUACCGAGGUGGCCAUCCCAGUUUCAACAUCCUGAAUUUUAUACACUGGGGCUUCAAAGAGUAUCGAGUUACCAAAAAUAGUUCAAGCGCAAGUCUUGGGUUUUUGUUUGGGUUAUAUCAUACCACAUCUUAUAUUUUGAUCAAGAUGGAGCAUGCAGGAGUGAAAAGACACUUGCGGUACCAUUUUGGUUCCUCAUUGGAGGAAUCCUCUGGGGAAGCUCCAGGCUCCUUUUGAAGGUGCCUCAAAUGUGCUUUUAAAGUCCGGAGAGAUCUUCUAUAUAUAUAUAUAUAUAUAUAUUUUAAAUUGCCUAGAGGUUCUCCAAAGGGACCCCGACCAAAAGGAACCCCAAAUGGUACCUCAAGUAUCUUUUUUUCUGUACUAUCAGUUUUUUGUGGCCACAAAUUCCAUGUGGGCCUAGCUGAAGUUGUACGUCCCGCAAGGAGCUUAAGCUUUGUUUUGCAUCGAACAAUCAUCAGCUUUACAUUUCCAUGAUGAACUUCUGCUAAACAAAACACUUUUCCUGAGGAGCAAGAGAACAGGCUACUGUCGAAAUGUGCCUUUGGAACAUACAGUGGAAUGUAGACGUAAACACAUACUCCUGUACUGUUCAUGUGCAGAUGUUUGUAACGUAUUUAUUGCCUUUAUUUAUCAGGCCUUGAAACAGUGUGCUAGUAGGGGAGCGUAACUACCUACAAAUCACUUACAUGUGCAGCUGUCUCUCUGUUGUUCUAAAAUAGAACAGUCUUCUCCUGCUGUCCCCUGUCUCGCAAUGUAACAAGACAGAACGGUAACAAUGUAUUAGCUGAUUGAUUUACUGAUCCCAAAAGGACUUUCGUCGCACUUCGUCCCUUUACUAGUACAAUAUUUUCAUUGUGACCUAGAAACUAAAAAGUCCUUUCUCCCUUGCAAUCCAGUGUGGACAAAAAAAGAUCAGAUUUCUUUGUUUGGUACAGUCAAGAAGUGGCAAUAAAACUUUUAUCUAGUUGAAUUUUAGCCCUUAUUUAAUAGAUUUAUUGUCAGAUGUUUCAAAUAUUUGUAACGUGUAUAACAAUUACUUGAUUAUUCUUAUUUAAUUUUAAAGGGACGUGUUUUAGAUUAUUGUUUAUGUUUUGUUUUAUUGAUACUAUGAUAUUUGUAAUUGUGCAGACAGCAAACAAAACGACAAACUCUGGUUGGUUGAAUAUGUUGUUAAUUUUUUCUGUUUAUCUUUAUGUAAUUGAAACAUUCUUAUAUAUUUUCACAGCAAUAGCCAGAUAUUAAUAUUGAACUGAAACCCAAAUAUUCACUUCAACAGUUCACAGCUCUAUGGUGUUAAAACCACUCCUUAUCUCAGGAUGAAAUUUGUGUCCAAUUAGUUAAAGAAUUUUAUUUAAAUCCGAUAAAAUGUAUCCAAAUGUUUAAUGUCUGCCUAAAGACAAGGUUUGUCUUUGUAUGUAAAAUCCUGUCAUUGACACAUGAAAUAUUAUUUAUUUAGCCAUUAUUGCAUAUUCGCUGCACAGUUUAUUUUAUUCUUUUCAUUAAGGGAAAUUCUUUCAGCCACAUUUGCACUUGAAAAUUGUUUUAUGUGAAAUUACACGUAGUUUCUUUCUCCUGCAUUUAGUUGUUACAUACUCGUACACCAAUUUGAAUCGUUCCAUAAUAGUUUAGUGCAACACAUAGCUUUUACUUUACAAGUGAUCCACAGUGUAUCCAUUUAGUUUUCUCAGAGCCUCUCCAAAAAGAUGAACAUAUGACUUAAGUUUCUGUUAUGCAUUCUAAUAAAGCGUCUUAUACAACGAAAGCACUAUAUGAUGAGGCCAUGAAACUGGUACAAAGUCAAAUUAACCUGUUACUAAAUAGAAUUGCUCUGUGUAUGAUUUGCACUAAAACAGCUUAAAUAAGUUUCUGUCUGGUUUGUGAUCCAGUGCUGCCAUGUCUGUUUGCUCAUAGCCCUUCAUGGGAAUAUUCAAUACUGUAAACAUCUCGAUUCAUUGGCGUCGCUUUUAUAUCAAUAUGGCAUUUACGUAAUUUAUUGCUAUGGAAAAAAAAACAUGCUACUGACUAUAUGUAUCUUGAACUGUUUUAUUCCUGUUCUUAUGCUUUUGUCGUUUUCUAUAGGCCUAUUUAUAAUUUAGAUCCAAUUGUAUAUAUUGUAAAGAAAACAAAAACAAAUUGUGCCUUUCGACUGUUUCUUAAAGAAAUUGUUUUCUACUUGUAUCUAAAGAAUGGAACAUAUUACAACCUUUGUUUAUUAACAAAGCAAAAAAAAAUAAAAUGUUCAGAUUACA